UUGAGUUGAAUUUUGACCGCAGUGGGAAAGUAUAAGCGCGUGCGCGUGUUCGAGAUUUGAUUGCGUCCCGCGUUUCAGUGAGUGCAUGGGUGGGAUCCUGAAGGACGACAAUUAGCCAUAAGAAGAGGCUCGAUAAAAAGGACUGUUCGAAAAGAUUUCAGUGAACGUUUUACGUUGUUACAUCAAUUUGGAAAGGACAUUCCCUGAGGACAAUGAAGCUGUCUUUGGUGUUGGGGAUAGUGCUUGGGUGCUUUCUCUCGGUGCAAUCAGACCAGUCGGAUUUCAAUCACAUCAACUCGGAUGGAUCAUUCAGUUUUGGCCUGAAAAACUCCGAUGUUGGUGGUCACUACCAUACGGCCAGCGGAAAUCCGAAAACCAUCGUCCGGGGAAGGUUCGGAAGCCGUCAGCCGGAUACGGGCCGCGUUGAGGAAACUGUCUACACAGCCGGUCCAAGAGGAUUCCGUGCCCGAGGACCGAAGAUUCACCGGAAACAAAAUCUAUCCCAAGUGCCACGCGGUCCGAUCGGCACACCGGAAGACCCCCAGGCCGAUCCUUACGAUGAUCCCAGCUAUGAUUUCCAAUUUAAAACUCGCAACUAUCAGCGCCGGGAGGGAUCCGAUGCCAACGGGCGGGUGAAUGGGCUCUAUACCUACGUGGAUGACGUUGGCGAGCAGCAUUCGGUUCGGUACUCGGCUGGAUCGGGCACCGGCUUUGAAGUGGCCAACCCGGUCCCGGAUGCACCCAAUACGAUAGCCUACGAGAGCCCUCUGUACAAAACGCACAAGCAAGUGCGGGGAAAGGUGGCCUUUGAGAGUGGACCGAGUGGUUCCGGGCAGUAUAAGUUGCUAUCGGUUGGGCCUGAUCAACGAAGAUCGGAGACGACGGGCCCGGAUGGUAUCACUCGUGGUUCGUACUCGUACUUGGAUGACAAAGGGUUACAACGCACCGUCCAGUAUAUAGCCGGGGCAGGAAUUGGAUAUAAGGUGGUUCAAAGCACAACAGGAGCUGGAAGUCAUUUACUUGCUUCGCCUGCUACCAAUUUUGCAAUAAGUCACGUUGAGCAGAGCGAUGUAACCGAUAACAACAACCCGAGUUACACCGCAAGUCCAUCUGGGCCUGCUUCAUUUCCUAGUGGUGGAAGUGAUCGUGAUCGCCCGGGAAGUGGAUCGAGACCAACAGCUAGUGGGUAUGAUGGAUCAAGACCUACCGGACCUGGGUUCGAUGGAUCACGGCCAACCGGAAGUGGAUAUGAUGGAGCGAAACCGGAUCACGAUGGUUACGAUAGCGGUCGUCCAACUGGGCCAGCAUUCGAUGACGACUUCGAUAGAAAACGACCGACCACUCCAUCAACUGGUAAGGUUCCUUCGAGUACUGAUCGCCCUGAUCCCAGUGAAACCAAGGGCCGCUUCCCAGAUGAAGAUUCCGAUUAUGGUGGUAAGCCACAAGAUGGUAGCAUAAUUGGACUCGUUCCUCCGAAGUAUGAUUAUGAGCCCACAGAAGAUCCACCGCUAUCGGGUCCGUUCGACAUCAGCAUCUCCAGCGGACCUUCGGGCCCUUCCGGCUCGGGUUAUCCAAACUUUGAUGAGUCUGCUCCGGGAGCGUUCAAUUCCAACGAUUUCACAAACUACCCCGAGGUAAGCUAUGACCGUAAGAAGCUGGAGGAGGAUCGGAAGAAGGAUUGGCGAGAUUUUUCGAAGGAUUCUACAAUCAUCAAAAAUGUUGGCGAUUGGUAUGUGGGGCUAGCACCGGGAGCAUCUGUGAGAGCACACAUCCAGAAUAUUGACCUACUGCCAUAUGGAGGGCGAGCACCUUCGCCAAGCGAGGCCCUGCGGAGAGACACCCAAUCCCAUCCAAAGCGACAGCCUUCGUACGAGCGAAGGCGGUGAGAUUAUGUGCGUUUCAAAGCUGCAGUUAUUGUAUGUGUACCGAGAUGAUUGAGAAUCAAGUUCAAGCGAAUUAGAAUUGUAAAUAAAUUAUAAUCGUACUGAACUCAAA